CGCGCUCACCGUCGUGUUCGUUUCGCCCUGCACUGUGUUGCAAAGCAAACGGCUUUUUACGUAAACAACAUCGCCACAAUGAGCAGCGACAGUGAGGACUGUUCGGAUUAUGAGGAUGUCCGUCCUUAUUUUGCGGCCUCUGAGUGGCAUGAGCUGUCAAACUACGAAAGGGGCAGCUACCGUUCUGCAAAACGGAAUUUUCAAGCGAUGCUGGAUGCAGGCUGGGGAUUGGGCGCCCGUCGGCCCCUCUGCUCAGUGCAUCGCGCAGCCUCCACCGCGGCACCGCCUCCUUCUCCUGACCGUCAGGACGACAUGACGUCGCACGCCGAGUACAUCCACACGUCAGAGGAGGAAUCCGAGUCCAGCUUCCACGUGGCGCCGCCAGAGGGCGACAGCGGCGAGCUCCUCGCCCCGCCCCCCGAGUCCCCAUUGGCGGAGGACGGCUCCCCGGCGCCUCCCCCUCCCCGACACAGCCAGCAGAGCGAGCCGCGCGAGCCGCGCCUGCGGUACGGGGACGACGCCGCGGCCGCCAUGGGGACCGAGGCCGGGGCCGGGGGAGUGGCGGGGGCUGCGGCGGGGGCCCCGGGGGACGGGGGGCCCGGUCCCGGCGAGCCAGCCCCCGACCCGCACGCAGUGCAGGACGAAGAGUCUCCCGCCACGGAUCUCCGGGCGCACGGCAUCACGGACCUCGACGACCAGGAGCUGGACUACGGCGCGCGCGACCUCCGAGUACUCCACGCCGAACCACACCAGCAGGACGGUGAGGAGGCUGACGUCCACGGCGCGCGGUACGUGCUGCUCUCCAGCGACGGCGUGCUCGUCAACACCUUCCACUCCGAGCUGUACCCGCACCAUGACAUGUCUCCGUCGCCGCACCUGAGAGAGCUGCAGCGCCUUCGACCCGGCAGCGCGGACGCCGGCCACCACCACCAUCACCACCACGCCGACAGCGAGCAGCACUUCGACGGCGGCGACCUGGCGGCCACCGGCAUGAGGCAGUCGCUACCCCCGCUGUUCCCCCACCUGAACGCGGCCAAGCUGCACGACGACUACAUCGGGUACUCGCCGCUCAUGGACGUGCACGGCCACAGCGGGCCCCUGGAGGACGUCAUCAGCGUGCUCAAGACGGAGAAGCACUGCGAGGCCCAGGUGCAGCAGGCCAGCGUGGUGGUGGAGAACACGGCGCGCUACCUGCACAACGGCCAGCACGCCGAGCACGUGGAGUACCUGCCGACGCUGCCCGGCCACGCCGAGCUGCAAGGCAGCAGGGAGGGCUCGCCGUCGACGGGCCAGGACGCCGAGGACGCCCAGUACGACCAGCUGACGCCGCUGCAGCCCGGGCAGCCCGCCGGCAGCGCGUCCCCCGACGACGCCCUCUACGGCCAGGGCCACGCCCUGCUGCCGUCGUGGUCCGGGCUCACCCAGCAGCAGGUCGCCAACCACCACAGCCUGCCCAGCCCCAACGCGUACUCCCGGACAAUGCAGUACUUCCACCCGGACCCAGCGCACAGCUCGGCGUCGCAGAUGUGGAACACGACAGACUCGGACUACAGCUCGCUGACGACGGCCAAGCCGGCACACAUCACGCUGCCCGCCUUCAGCAACCAGCGCUUCGUGACGUCGCCGCUCGUGACGUCGCCGAUGGCGUCCCGCAGCAGCCCGUCGCCGUACAGCCCGCCCAGCUCGGCGCCCUCCACCGCCUCCUACCUGGGCACCACGACGGCGGCCGGGGCCUCGGCGGUGGCCUCGCCCGACGGCACCGCGCUGUGGCCGGCCUACGCCACGGACGGCGGCAUGUACUCGGGGGGCUCCACCAGUCCGCGGCACCGCAUCGCCCCGCUGGCCAACACGGCGUCCGCGUCCCUGACAGCGAUCCCGGAGUAUGAGAUGCAGUUCAGCGAGGGCCGCGAGUGCGUCAACUGCGGCGCCGUGUCCACGCCGCUGUGGCGCCGCGACGGCACGGGGCACUACCUGUGCAACGCGUGCGGCCUGUACUACAAGAUGAACGGCAUGAACAGGCCGCUGUCCAAGCAGCCGCGCAGGAUGAGCGCCACCCGCCGCCAAGGCCUGUCCUGCUCCAACUGCGAGACCAAGAUGACGUCCUUGUGGCGCCGGAACGCGAGCGGCGAGCCGGUGUGCAACGCCUGCGGCCUGUACUACAAGCUGCACAACAUCAACCGGCCCCUCGCCAUGAAGAAGGACAGCAUCCAGAGCCGGAAGCGGAAGCCCAAGGGCGGCAGCGCCAAGUCUGUGAUCGGCUCGUCCAGCGGCGCCGCGGUGUCCAGGGCGUCGCUCAUCACGCAGCACACCACGCAGCACGCCACGCAGCACACCGCUAAGAACGAUCACCCCACCGCAGGGGACUCCUACGCGCACCACCUGCUGGGCAUGACGAGCGCGGCCACCAGCCUGGUCAGCACGCUGGCCACCACGCUCAGCAGCACUGGCGGGCUGUCUUACCCUAACCUGUUCGCGCAGACCCACCAGCAGGCCCACCACCACCAGCAAGCCCACCAUCACCAACAGCAGGCCCACCAGCACCGCGGCGUGGCCACCAGCCCCACCAACUACCACCAGCAUCACUACAGCCACGAAAGCGCGCCGUUCUUCGACUUCUCCGCGGCGGCCGUCAGCGGCGUGAGCCACAGCCCCGACGGCGUCUCCCCCAAGAUCGAGUGCCCGUCGCCCCCCGCGGACCAGAGCCAGCACGCCCACCACGCCCACCACGCGCACCACCACCACCGGAACGCCAACGAUGACCUGUCCCCGCACAUCGUCAGCGUGAGCAAGCAGCUGCACAACAACAACAACAGCAGCACCAACAACAACAACACCAAGGUGUUGAUGAUGGAUAGCGGCUUGGCCGAGAGGCCCUCGGUUGUGUCCAGCCUGUAAGCUGACUGGUACGUAAUGUAAUCUAGGAAUAAACCCUCUGAACAAUACUCGUUGACUAUGGAAGUCGUCACAAUCAAGUUUUGUAAAGACAAAUGUUUUUGAAAUACGUGGUAGAUGUUUAAAAUUUAUUGUAUACUGUAGAGCGACGUUGCAAGGUUGCACCUUGUUCCCCCAUACUUACCAUUCCAAAUGAUGUAAAUAUUUUGUUGUUGUUGUAAAGAGACUUUUAGUCAUAUGCGCAAGUCAUAUGCGGUCAUGUUUUGUUAUCUUGAGUUUAGACAGCUCUCAGUCAAGCAGCAAACUCUGGGAACUUUUUUGUGUAAGCUGGAAAACCAAAGACGUAAUACCAAAAUGCCCACUCGCUCCUGAAAGUAUACAGUGAGGCACAUGAAUGUUGGCAGAGCUCCCUAACAAUUCUUUAGAGAGGUUUCCCUUAGGCCCAGAGCCAAAAUGGAAAGUCUUAUUUUCUUGUACAUAAAAUCACUUUUCAGAAAUAUUUGAUCUCCACUCUCAUUUUAGUCAUAUUUUCUUUUUGUAUUGUUAUUUAGUUGCCCAACGUUGGCCUGUGAUUUUUAAAUUGAAAUAUAAAAAUCAGCUUUUGGAAUCAUUCGUGGUGAAAGUUGUAAUUAAAGGUGCAACUGCCACAUGUGAGAGUGAGUGUCUGAAUGUUUGUAUAUGUAUGUGUGUGUAUCUGUGUUUUUGAAUAUAGCAUUGUAGUCGUAUGCCUGAGGCUGUCAUAGUCAAUCCCCUCAGGCUUUCUGAGUGUUCUCCAGUCAUAUGUAAGAAUUUAUAUCAUUUGUUCCUCUGUGCAUAGAGACAAAUAUUUAUCAUCAGAGGACUUUUUAUCAUCAUGAUUUAUGUAUAUAGAUUGAUUAAGAUGUUUUAAAAUAUAUAUAUGUUUGGUAUAUAUACUUUAUACAUGGGUGGAUGUAUUACUCACCCAUGUACUUGUUUAUUUUUUUAAGAAAAUUGUUCCAAUUUUAUUUUUGAGUUAAAUAUAUUUUUAUACAAAUUGUACAGAACGUUGAUAUAGCUCGUAAAUGAAUUUUAAAUUUAGGUUUCUACUUGAUUGUUCACCUUGUUACUUACUGUAUAGUAUCAUUAAAAUAUGCUGCCAAUUUCCAUUUUCAUGGACCGAAUGGUUUUACAUUAAAAGAACUAGACUGAAAAA